AGCAACCAACAGCUGAUCUUCAGCUCAGCGAUGGCAACGAUACUAAUAAGUCUUUUUAAUUUAUUUUUAAUUUUAUGUGUUUGUAAAUGCAACAUUACACCCAGACGGAUAAGUUACUCACUUACUAUUUAGCUCGGGAAAGACGUCAUCGUCAGGCGACAAAUGUGUGUCUGCUGUCGUACUAGCCUCUUCUUCACACACCGUCGUUUCUUUAUUGUGAAGGUAUGACGGCUUCCACUCGCAGGACAGUGUUGUCACUGUACAUGCGGGUGUUUCGCAUCGCCCGAACUUGGCAGACACAGAGCGGGGUUACAAGUGAUACAGAGACUGAGAGAAAAUACAUUCUUCAGGAGGCCCGCACUCUGUUCAGACAUAACCAGCAGCUCACAGAUCAAGAAUCAAUAAAGAGGUGUAUAGAAGAAUGUGAAGCAAGGAUUGAAAUAGGUUUACAUUACAGGAACCCUUAUCCAAGAGCUACGUACCUACCACCUAUGGGACUGGCAACUCAGAAAGGCAGAAAGCUGCGAGCACAGCAGCGCCUGAGGAAGCAGGCCAAGCCAAUUUACUUACAGUCACAUGACGAGACCUGAUGCUCGAUAUCCUCGCUCCUCGCCAAGAGUUCGAGUUACCAAGGACAGGAAACUAGAGUGCAGUCACAAGCUGAGUUGUUGCAAGCACUCAAUGAUGCAAGAACACCCAUCCUUCAGGAAAAAGCCACUUUUCAUUGUAAUUUUUACUGAAAACUGCGUAAACGUGUGUUCUAACUGUCGGUGGAGAGUCCGCUUCUGUUCAGCUCAGGGAGCCUGUCAGCGUGGAGUAACAUGUAAUAUAGGAUCAUGUUGUAUUUUUUUUUUUUUUUUAUUUGUAUUUUGUUAAAAAUGUAACAGACACUUUACAUUGUUUUUACAUCCAAUUGAAUCAAACAGAUUAAAGUUGGUGUUUAAAUUGUUUCAAAAUACAAAUACACAUUCAAUUAAUAGUAAUGUUAUUAGCAAGUAAUUAAACUGCCAAAACAAAUAAAGUUGUCUUAAAGUGUUA